AUGGCAGGCAUCCAGCAGUUUGAAAAGUUGCGCCCUCUCGGCAAGCUUGAGCAGGUUUCUGCAGCCUGUCACCAUCUUGGCUUCUUCAACAACGUCGGCCUCUCAGCUCACUACAAGCUAUCAUCGUCCUCCGAUGUGGCUGAUUUGCGCCAGCUCGUCUUCGCGUCAGCCGGGGAGGUGAUUCGCAAACAUCCCAUUCUCUCAGCAAUUCCCGUGAAUGAAGACGCUUCAGAUGCAUAUUUCUCUCCCCUCUCUGCUAUUGAUCUUAAUCAGGCCGUGAGCUUCCUCGAGAGGUCUCAGCCCAUAGGUGAUGCUGAGGGCGAGGACAGAGAACUUGAUUCAAUUCUCGAGGUGCAGCACAACACCAGCUUCAAAGCUGAGAAUGGAAAUCUCCCCUUCUGGCGUUUAAUUAUCCUCGAAGACCCCAAAGUCAAGAGUGAAUUCACAGCCUGCUUCAUUUAUCAUCAUGCAAUUGGUGAUGGGGUUUCUGGCUUUGUGUUCCACAACGCAUUCCAUGCUGCGCUAGAGGCUGCAUCUUUGGCAUCGCCCAAUCUCAAGGCCGAAGAAAUCAUAUUACUGGACAAAAAUAUCACUCUUCUCCCACCUCUUGAAGAAUUACACCCUCUACCAAGUAACCCAACUCCCCCAGCUCCUCCUGGGGCCAUUCUCAAGGAAUGGACAGGGAAGCCAGUUCAAGUCCCUUGCCAGUCUCGCUGGGCAUCGCUCUCUAUUACACCAAAGGCUUCUACAGCUUUUUUUCAAGAAUGCAAAGAUAAAAGCGUUUCUGUGACUUCUUCUAUACCCUCUAUCAUCGCUGAAGCCUUGUUCAAGGCCCUCCCAUCAUCUGAGGAGGCUUUCACAUGCAUUAUUCCGGUCAGCUUGCGGCCAUGGUUGAACAUGCCAAGCGAUACUUCUAUUGCUGCAAUUGGUACUUACUUCGACGCCAUGAAAGUGCAGUUCACACGAGCGGAUCCGCCGCCCCAAAGCCAUAGCACGUGGGUACGGGCUGGAAAGGUCUCUAAAGCUAUCAACGAGUAUCUCGCCAAUGUUUCUCCCUCCGGCGAACCUUAUACAGCUGUUUCCGUCUUUAAGAACCUCCCUGAACUCUGCCCUAUUUUCACUUCCAUGAUUGGGAAUCCUCGUGACGCAGCGUUCGAGGUAACCAAUAUUGGGCGAUUCACACCUGGUGUUGGUACCGACACCGAGCGCAAUGCGCAAUGGGAGGUAGGAAAGAUGAUGCUCAGUCGCGGUGCAGUUGUCUCUGGGGCUGCAGUCACAGUCAGUGUGGCUACGGGCGGGAACGGGUCGAUGUGUAUUGGUUUCAGCUGGCAAAACGACGUCGUUGAAGAUGGACUCAUCCACAAUCUUGUUCAAGAGGUGAAGAGCCAGUUUGAGAAGUACCAGUAA